GUGUCCUGGCCCGCCGUCCUGUGUGCAUUGCUAGCUGCAAAGAAUCCCUGACGUACGUGAAGCGACUCUGUAAAUAUUUGCAAUUUUAAGUCGAUUUUGUAGUUCAUGUUCGUGUAAAGUAUCGUCGUUCCCAUCGGCAGAGCAGCCUUCACGCUGGGGACACUCGAGUUGUUUUGAUAUGGAGCAUGUUUGUUCGAUGCUGAAACGGGAUUCCGUAUUUACGGUACUGCAGCGAUUGCUGGUGAGAUAGGCCUGUGGCAGCGCAAGCUAUAUUGGUAGCGUAACGAAUUGCAAACAACAGGCACAGCCAUGAACGGAACGGUGGAAGCGAACACGAUGGCAAAUACUCCGCCAGCGGCCGGGGCAUCCGCGCCAGGCAACAACAACAUGUUGGCCCAGCAAAAAGCAGCUCGUAAUUUUAAGCUGCUCGUCGAUCCUUUUCUGCAUCGAGGCACGCAGAAGAUAUAUCGUUACGAUGGGGUUGUGCCGGGCGAUCCGAACCAUCCGCCGGUCAUUCCACGCGAUCCACGGAACCCGCUAGCGCGCAUACGAUCCCGUGUAGAACCGCUGGAUAUUCCCGUACCGAGAUUCAAAAUAGAUCAGCACUACGUCGGAGAGCCGCCGGCAGUAGAGAUCACCAUAACGAACCUGAACGACAACAUCGACAAGCCGUUUCUGUCGGAUAUGCUGGCCAAAUGUGGAACGUUCACGGAGCUGUACAUAUACUAUCAUCCCGUGUCGAACAAACAUCUCGGCCUGGCCCGCAUCGUGUUCGAACAGGUCCGGUCGGCGCUGCUGUGCGUGGAAAAGCUAAACGGUACCUCCGUAAUGGGCAAAGUGCUGAACGUUUUCAAAGACCCGUUCGGUGAGCAGUGCAAACGGCUGUUGGAGGAGAAAACGUCCGAAAAGAAACCGUCACUGCCACAGGCGCCUCCUCUACCACCGUUGCCUCCGGCCAGCUCCAACCACCAUUCCCUCCCAGUUACGGCCGCGAUGAGCAGUGAUCCGCUUGGGCUAAAGGUGGCGUUAAGUUCAAGGCCAGCGUAUCGUAAAGCACCUCCAGAACCGGACCCGGAACCGUGGGACAAGAAGGCGGUUCCGACACUCGGCGAGGAUGGUGAGCUGUGGGAUGCGGAUGAGUUUUCUGGCAGUGCGGGCAAUAGUCAGGAUUCGAGUUACUACACUAAGGAGAAAAGUACCAGCCGGAGCCUGUAUGGGGGCGAAUGGGAUGACGAAGGGCGGAGCCGGGAUGCAAAGUACUACGACGAGAAGGAUCGUAAACAUCACCACCAUCAUCACAAGAGUGAUCGAGUGCGGGAUCGGGACCGUGAGCGUGAGAAGGAUCGUGACCGGUAUCGGGAGCGGGACCGAGAUCGGGAUCGGGAUCGCGAACGGGAACGGGAUCGCGAACGGGAACGGGAUCGUGAUCGGGAUCGCACGCGCGACAGACAUCGGGAUCGUGAUAGAACGCGCGAUCGAGACCGGGAUCGUACGCGCGACCGUGAAUAUCGUGACCGUGAGUGGGAUUCGAAAAAGCGGGGCAAAAGCUACCGUGAAUCGUCGUGGUAUGGUGGUGCUGAAGGUGAAGGUUAUCCGCCGAGUGGUGGCAGUCGAUACGAGGCCGGAUACGAUUACUAUUCUUCAUCGUACCCGGGAAGCUCGGAGUACGGUGCGAGUAGUGCGUACGGUUAUCCACCGUCCGAAGGUAGCUACGGAACAUCGUCCUCGUCUGCAAAGUGGGCUCCGCCGCAACCACCAGCACCACCUCCACCGCCUCCCCCGGAGGAGAAUUGGGAAAGUUCCUCCAAGCCACCCGCUCCACCUGCUACUCCGGCCGGCAAGAGCAGCAGCAGUGCGAACAAAACGAUCAUGGACGAGGCGGACCUGUGGGACACGGACGCAGUUCCUUCGUCUGCGGGAAUAAAGCCAGCACCGCCACCGCUCCCAUCUGCAUCUUCAUCGCCACCACCACCACCCGAACCGUCGAAAGCGUCGAAAGCAAUGCCCGGCGCAAACGAUGAGGACAGUGGCAGUACGCUCGACCUAGACACGCGGAUAGCGCUGCUGUUUAAGGAGAAAACGUUUGGUGGAAGCUUCCUGCAGCUGAGCGACGACGAGGAGGAAGAUCGUAAGCCCGAGAUUGGUGGUGGUGGUGGUGGUGGAAGCAGCACGGAAGAAGCAGCGCACGUUGACACUAGUCACCUGAAGGAGGAAACCAUGGAUGAUGCGUAUGAUGUGCCCAACGGUGGUGGCAGUCGUCGCCCUCCGAGUCCUCCGCCACCGCUGGAACCAGCAAAACCACCUCCACCAUCGCUUCCACCGGAUGAGGAAACGCUCGAGCGCAAACCCCCGAAACGGGAACCAAAAAUCGAAUGCCUAAAAGAGGAGGGAGCGAGCGAUAUCUCUUCCAGCGACGACGAGAUCCUGGCGAAGGAGGACGAAAAGCCGGUCGUAUCGCCACUGGAUGAAAGCAAGCCACCGCUCGGGGCGGACGAUACGAAGCCUGCCGUACUGCUGCCUCCACUUCCGAGCGAACCAGCCCCGGCGGUACCACCUCCACCGGAACCAUCCGAGGGCGGCAACUUUUCCUUCCUGUACCCAACUAAUAGUUACUACAACUACGCGGCCCAGCCGGCCUCUACCACCUCCGUCUACUACCACGGGUAUCCGACGGGUUUCCCCGGUGCGCCGCUGUUCAACUCGUACGGUAUGCCAGCCUCCACUGGAAUGUACUAUUCGUCCGGCAAACAGCCCGGCCCGCACGGACAGGACGAUGGGCAGGGUGCUUUUCUGGAGUCCGGUGGUGGUCCAACGAGCAUUAAGGAUCGUGCCCGAGCUGGCAAACGGAACCGGUACGAGAUUGUGAUCGAUUCCGUCGUGGAGCGCGUAGUGGCUGAGCUAAAGCAAAUUCUGAAGAAAGAUUUCAACAAAAAAAUGAUCGAAAACACCGCUUUCAAAAAGUACGAAGCGUGGUGGGAUGAGGAGGAACGCAAGCACAAGGGCAAGGGUGUUGAACCGUCCAGCUUACUGUCCGCCGGGUCCGGCGCGCUCGGUGGAUCGGUCGUCGGUACCGCGCUGAAGGUAGAGAAACCGCCCGACAUUAACCAUCUGCUGAGCCAAACGUACGACAAUCUGGACAGCAAUGGACCGGGCAGUUUCGUGGGGCUCGGACUGCGCGCCACCAUCCCGAAGAUGCCCAGCUUCCGGCGUAUACGCAAACAGCCGAGCCCGGUACCGCAGGAUGAAGAUUCGCGCAAGAGCGAUCAGGACGAUAUGGUGCGGGGGUCCGAUUCGGAGAAGGAAUCUUCCAGCGGUGGCGGUAGCAGAACAACGGCGGGACCAUCGUCCACCUCUGCUACAGGCGGUGGUGCAUCUUCGUCCUCCGGGAAGGCGGCGGGUGAAUCGUCUCCCUCGAUCGAAAGCGAUAACAACCAUCGAACGCGGACAACGGCAACAGCGGACAACACUAGCGGCAGCAGCGGAAUUGCGGGACCGUCCCGCACAAACGCGGAGAAGCGAAUGCCGAGUGUGUCCUCGUUUACGUCCAGCAGCGAGGAGGACGAGGACUCGAGUGCGAGCGAUUCAGACGAUAGCCUCGAGUCGGGAUCAUUGUCGGAGGUGGACAGCAGUGCGGUGGUGACGGUUGCCGGUGGUUUUGGGGCAAAGCGGGCACGCGAGCGGCGCGAACGUGAGAAUCGCAUCUACUCCGACUCGGACAGUGACACCGUGGAUGCACAUCCGAUCAAACCGCGAACGGGAAGCAGUUUCGGGCAGAGUGGCGCGAGACGGUUGAAGGAGGGUGGAAAGGUGGGCAAGAUUUAUUCCGAUUCCGAUUCGGAUGAUGUGAGCGGGGCGAGUGUUCCAGUGCGAAAACCGUUGCUGCCGGCGGUGGUUGACCGGAGGCGAAGUCACAGUCGAAGCCGCAGCCCGUACAGUGGGCCUGGUUCGGUGAAAGCGGCCAGCCAAAGCGCCAAACCUCCCGUCAUCGAUUCUUCCCAGCUGCCAAAGCUUUCGUUGCAGGAACUGCACGAAGAUCUGUCGCCCAGCUCGGGCGACGAGAUGCUGCUGAUGGAGGAUGACGAGGAUGGGAAGCCACCGCGGACACCAGGACGCGAAUCACCGAGCAAAGCGAACAGCACUAUUACGGCCCCAGGUACGGCGGCCAACAGCGACAGCAAUCAGCAGCAACCAAACCACCAAUCGUCGUCCUCGUACGGUGGCAUGCUGGACCGGAUCUAUAGCGACUCGGACGAGGAGCGCGAGUAUCAGGAAAAGAGACGCCGCAAAGCGGAAUGCUUGCUGCAAAUCGACAAGGAAUGCCAGGAAGAGCUGGAGCGAAUGGCGCUGGAGAAGGGCAGAAGGGCGAUGGCGGCGGCCGAGGGCGAUAAAGCGCUCUCCGGUAGCAAACCGGCUGCACUGUCCCAGGACAGCUACCGGAAAGCCACCCCGCUGUCCUUCGCGAGCGGUAAAAUGUCUAGUCUGGAGGAACCGCUCACGCCGAACCUUUCGCAACCACCACCGACACCGGGCGCGGGCUUGAUGGGUGAGCUGCGCAAAAACCCUCUGUUCGCCAGCGGCGAUAGUAACGGUGGUGUGGUGGCGAACGAUCCGGCUGCUGCCCGAGACGAACCUCCGAAGCUGUCGACCGCCGAUCAAGCAUCGUCCCCACAAUCGACGAGCUCGAGAAAAAGGAAGAGCAAGGGUGCACUUUCGGCGGCGGGUAAAUCGGUUAAGGGUGCUUCCCGUAAAGGCGCAAACAGGGAGGAGCUUAAUGGGUCGGACGGACAUGAAGCCGCUCUUCUUCUGCACCCGCCAUCGUCGUCGUCGUCGGCGUCUGGUGGAAUGGUGGCGGCCGUACCGGGUACGAUCGCCGAUGUUUCCUCGGUCCGGUCCGACGAGUUCUUUAUGGUUGGCGAUGAAAGUGUGCGACGUGCGGCCAAAGCUUCGCCGGCCUCAUCGGACGGCGGUUCAAGCCAGGCAAGUCAGGUGGCGCUCGAUCACUGCUACUCGUUGCCUCCGUCCGCGUCACCAUCUUCCUCCUCGCCCCAGCAGCAGUCCGAUUCGUCAACGGCCAACACAAAAACCAACAUCAAGUACGCACCUUCUUCUUCCUCUUCCACUUCGUCCAAACACGGGCUGGCACACGAUCACGGUUACAUGCACAGUGGCAACGAUCGUGUGCAGCCGAUCGCUGGAUCUAGCAAUAGCCAUGGUGGCCCGCUACCGCUGAUGGUUUCGGAUGUCACCGUUGCUGCGACCGCUGCGGAUCCAUCAGCUCCCACCGUUGGAGGCACUCCGAUUGGGUCGAACGAGGAUGCUAUGACUGUGAUGAAACCGCCGGUUCCGACCAAGCAGCAAAGGAAUGAUCGUAACCGGCGACCGGACAGACAAUCGCUCUCGUUCUCCGAGUACGACACACCGCCGGAAGGUGCCGCCAUCCAGCCGGUAGUGGAACGGUUUGUUCCGCUACCGAAGUAUCGGCCGCGGGAGCUUGCCAACGAGAUGGGGUUGUUGUUCGAUUUCCUAACGCGAGGCAUCGAUACGGAAGACAUUCGGUACAUUCGGCAAAGCUACGAGCUGCUGCUGAUGGACGAUGCAAGCAGUUACUGGCUGAACGCCACGCACUGGGUCGAUCACUGUUCGACCGAUCGUAGCUUUGAACCGGCGCUGCUGCUUCCACCACCGACGAAACGCCGAAAGAAGGAGAAGGCCGGCGGGUGCGGUAGUUCGCUGGCGGAUAUAAAGCUUCACCGAACGGGAAGUGCCCGUACGGAGGGGUACUACAAGAUAGAUCCGCGCGAAAAGGCCAAAUACAAGUAUCACCAUCUGAAGGGUACGGCCGCGGCGAACCAUCUGAGCAAUCUGGAGCUGGCAAAGGCGGUCACCAAGAUGCAGGGUAUAUCGCGCGAGGCACGCUCCAAUCAGCGCCGGUUGCUGAACGCGUUCGGGGCCAGCACGGAGUCGGAGUUGCUGAAGUUCAAUCAGCUCAAGUUCCGCAAGAAGCAGCUCAAGUUUGCGAAAUCGGCCAUCCACGAUUGGGGCCUGUUUGCGAUGGAACCGAUCGCGGCGGACGAGAUGGUGAUCGAGUACGUCGGCCAGAUGGUACGCCCGUCGGUGGCGGAUUUGCGCGAAACGAAGUACGAAGCGAUCGGGAUCGGGAGCUCGUACCUGUUCCGGAUCGACAUGGAAACGAUCAUCGAUGCGACCAAGUGUGGGAAUUUGGCGCGAUUCAUUAACCAUAGUUGCAAUCCAAAUUGUUACGCGAAGGUGAUAACGAUCGAGUCGGAAAAGAAGAUCGUUAUCUACUCGAAGCAACCGAUCGGGGUGAAUGAGGAAAUUACGUACGAUUACAAGUUUCCGCUCGAGGAUGAAAAGAUCCCGUGCUUGUGUGGUGCACCCGGUUGCCGCGGUACUCUCAACUAAACGCUUAGCAGAAGGGGUGUUGUGUGGAUGGGGCGCACAGCCGCCCCCACCUUACACACAGAGUAUCAUGCUACUUGUACAUUUUUCCUUUCGUGUAUAUAUAACUUUAUACGUUCAUUAGACAAAACAAUGCUCAUCCGAGAGAGUAAGGGAAGUGGCCGAAACUCCGUGUCCAGUUGUCCGUACGUUUUCCGCUCGUUCCAGUUGGAAAAUUAAGCUUCUACACACACACACACACGCGUACACGUACAGUGUUUCUAGUUGAUAAGAUAAAAGAGCAAUAGAGCAGGGGCGGGCCGAGAGUAACACUAAGCGCAACUCCCUACACAUGUGUUUGGUUAACUUCCUCGCUGUAGCGCUUUUAUAUUGAUCUUUAUCUCUAUUUUUGUUGUGUAUUUCCCUCGAUUUCCCUUUUUAAUACAUUUCACUGUGGGGGGAAUCUCAGAAACGCGGCGGAAAGGGACACACGUUAACCUGAGUUUUAGUGUAAAACAAAUCCUAUUGUGUUUGUGGUAAUUAACGCUAUGAAGAAACUACCGACUACUGCUAAAAAACACACACACAUACACACAGGAGAUUUAAUCUUGAUCAUACCCCUAGCCUAGGAAAUAAAACGUACGAUUAGUAAAAUAUUAUUAAAAAUACAACCGGUGAACAAACACACUCAACAGCGAAGACACAUGCAGACACGAUGCAAAA